AGAUAAAUUAUUAUUUUCUUUUCAGUAUUGAUACUCUGAGACCACAAAAAUAUAAGAAAAAUGAACAUGUUCAUAUAUAUAUUUAUGUUGCCUUGAGCUACAUAUAGUGGCUCUGGGAAACACAGGAGGUUUUACACAGAUUCAUUUGAGAAAGUAGAAGAAACAUGGAAGGGAGAGGAAAGAACAGGAGAGAGAGAAGUCCAGAGAGAGACAGAGGGAGAGCCAGUGUGCAGAUACAGAUGCAUGAAUCAACAAGGGCAAUAACAAGGGUGAUGAAGCACCCCCCUCCAAGUUUGAAGAAAGUUCAAGUUGUUUAUUAUCUCUCCAAGAAUGGUCAGCUUGAGCAUCCCCAUUUCAUUGAAGUUACUCAUUUGGCCCAUCACCAUCUCCGUCUUAAAGAUGUUUUGGAGCGGCUGACAGUGUUAAGGGGUAGGAGCAUGCCUUCACUUUACUCAUGGUCUUACAAAAGAAGCUAUAGAAAUGGGUAUGUGUGGAAUGACUUGGCAGAGAAUGAUGAUAUAAUUUCGCCAUCAGAAGGAGCUGAAUACGUCCUCAAAGGCUCUCAGCUUAUUGAAACUGCUUGCACUGAAAAAUUUCACCACCCUCAAGUAGUAAUACUCCCGGAACCAAGCACCUACCAUGCAAAACGCAAAACUCUUGUACCAAAACGACAUGGUGACCCGCAAGAAUUUGAUAACAACAUUGCUACUAGAUAUGAAGAUGAUGAAGAAGAAUACUUUGAUGAGAAAACAACUUACACAGCUCCAAACACUCCGUAUUCUCGAUGUUCUAUUGGUGUCUCCACAGAUGAAAUUGAACUUGACCAACAAAACAAAACAGGCCACAAAAUUUCAAGCCCUGAGUUAGCUAACCACAACUCCUCCCCACCAUCAGCCACUUCAUCUUCACUUUCCGACAAGGCCAAUGACAACUCGAAGCGAUUUGAGGAUGGUGACAUGGUGGGAACCGAGUCAAUACUCAGUCGAAACUCAAUGCUGUACAACCUUAUUGCCUGUGGAGGGUCAGUGUCAUUUAGAGGGAAGAGUAAGGUCCCAAUUGUCAAGGAACAGGCGGAGUUGGGGAGAAAGAGUAGUAGUUUGCAUAAAGGGGUGCUUAAAAGUGCAGUGGCGACGAAGGUGGCAGUGGUGGAAGACGAAGAUGAUCAAGAUGAGAUACGAUGCAUGUCUGAAAAUCCAAGAUUUGGGAAUUUACAGUCUGAAGAAAAGGAGUACUUCAGUGGAAGUAUUGUGGAGGCAAUAUGUGAAGAUGACCGAGUUAAGGCCGUUCCAAUGCUGAAAAAAUCAAAUUCCUACAAUGAAGAAAGGAGCUCCAAGGCUUGUGGUGAUGUGGUGGGAGAAGAAAAAGACAGCAAGAAGAAAACAGAGAAAGAAUGUGGUAAAGGAAAAUGCCUUCCAAGAACAAAGAGGUCUUCCACUAGCUGUUUGUCAUCUUUCAUUUGAUAUGUUAGCAAGGUUUGCUACUUAAUCACAGAUUUAGCAAGAAAUUACAACUUUCCUUGUAAGAUUUGGCAUGUGUGGACUUCUGAAAAAUAUGGGAUUUGCAAUGGUAGCCCCACUAGUCCAGUAGUCGCAAGAAUUCAACUAAAGAAUAGUACUCUAGUAUGUAUGUCAGGGGGUGUAGAAGAAAUUUAUGUCAGGGGGUGUAAAAGAAGUUUCAAGAUUCCCUCUGUAACUGUUUGUCUUAUGCGCCAACUUUAACACCUCUUAUUCCUUUAUUAAAUUUCAUUCUGUGCUCA